AUGGGUGUUCUCCGUGUUGAUUGCUCAGGAAGCAGCGGAGAGGGACGCAAAAAGCACAUCGUGCGCGCAAUUGAUCUCCGGCCAAAGGGACGGAAAGUUGUCGGAGGUGGGCAGGCUGCCUCUGGUGUAGUCUGUCUGUCAAGUAAUACCGGUAGGCCAUUCCUACAGACCGAGGCGGCCUAUUUCUGGGGGCAAUUUCCCCUGCGAACGACUGCAGGCGGCAAGGUGGAGUGA